UGAGUAUGAUAUCCCUGACAAUCAACUGCCCAGACGCUGUAUCACGGUAAACAGGUGUUGCAUAUUGUUGUUUCUGCAGCGCGUUUGUUCGUCUUGAGCUUGCGUAGUACGGGCUCAGUGUUCACCUUCACUUACUCCGCCUCGGUCCACAUUCCCUUGUAUCCCUCGUCACGCUGCUCCUCUCUGCUUUUUGCCAUCCUCCCACUUUCCAACACCCUUCUUCUAUCCAACACCCUGCUCGAUCCGCACAAUGAGCGACAUAACGCCACUCUCCUACAUAGACGACGGCCACUCCUUCUCGCGCCGCCUCCCCUCCGCCACCUCCCUCGCCAACGUCUCCCGCUGGCUCAACAACACAGCUUCCCCCACAACAUCAGCCUACACAGGCAGCUACAUCGACGACGGCGCCGACCUUUUCCUACCCACUACAUGUGGCUUCGGUCAAGUGGACCCUCGGUUCUACAGGCACAAAAAGCGGCACGAAGGUGCAGCUUCAGGGGCCUGGAACGACGACAUUGCCCGCGCAGUCGGCGGUGACAUCUCGCACAGUCUAGCAAAAUUGAGGGGUGUCGCUAAUCUGGACGUGAAGCGUCCCAAGACCAGUUCGAAAGAAGACAAGAAGAGGAGGCAGAAGAGGAAGGGGGUUGUGAGUGUGCCUGCGCCGCUGAAGUGGGGGACGUUUGUUAUCAAGGGCGAUAAUGGGCGGGUGGUUGUUAUUGAUGAGAAGGGCGAGUUUGAUUCUGGUCCUGUGCGGGCUGGGCAAGAGGUGGGAGAUGGGGGGAGGAAGGGAGAGGGGAAGAGGUGGGUGAGGGCUGUGAGUAGUGUUGAUACGCCGGUCUCUACGCUCCAAUGUGCUCGCCAGAAAGAUAGGACGAGAUCUGGCAAAGACGAGAAAUCAACCUCCGCAUCACACUCGAAAUCGAAGUCGAAAUCGAAAUCGAAAUCGAGGGCGAACUCACACACCACUUCCCGGGGCAAGGAAACACGCAGACCGAAACCACUCACACCCAUCCCCGAAUCUGUAUCCUCUUACUCAGACGACGAUCCCGUCAAUAUCUCCCCCAUCGCCUCACCGACAGACUUCUUCAUGACCGGCGGCCUAAGCGGAUGGCCGUCACGCACACCGUCUCUAGAUCCUCCAUCAGCUAUCGUUCCGCACGCGAUUACGUGGGACACGACUUCUCCGCCUCGUUCAACAUCUGUGGGCACUAGGAUGAAGACAUCGAGCCCAGUACGUUCACCACCCGGUGGAUGGCCUUCGCCACCUGCGUCAGCUGCAAAGUCCAGCAGCAGCAGCUUCACGAACCUCAAAGACCAUGGAUCAAGGGAGAGGAGGUCCAAGAGUAGCAGACACUCGUCUGGGCACAGGAAAGAGGGGGAAGAGUUUGACAAGAUAUCCGCCAAAUCGUUCUCGGCUUAUAGCACACCCGACAUCGUGGAGGUAAUCUACGACGAGACGCCGCCAGGCGAAGUGUCUGCUUCACAGAUUGGCUCGGGAGCUGAGGAAGCAGCAAGUGCACGGGAUUGGAACAACGAGGAUGUAUUCCAGGCAAAAGCCUGGAGUGGCAGUCACAACGAUGGCACCGGCAAGAGCUUCAGAGUCAGCGAUCUAGGAUGGGGAGGCUCCGCGAAAGGUUCGGGAUGGGGCGGGAGUCGAGCUGGCAGCAAGACUGGGAGCUUUCACGGAUGGGACGACAACGAGAAGCACUCUCACGACGGCUCCCACGAAGCCUGGGACGGCUUCGAGCGACCAAAAACUACGAGCGAAGUCAGCAUCGCAGGAACGGGAAGUGAGCGUAGCUGGCCGGCAAGCCAACACAGCCAACACACUCGUGGAAGCCACCGCAGUCGACGCAGCCACGCCUCCUACCAAUCAAACAAAAGGAACAGGCACAGCCAAACUGGCUGGGACAACAAAGCCGCCAGGACCGUUCACUGGGGCGGCAGCGACGCGCAAAGCAAACACAGCUGGUCACAGUCCAAGCACGGCAGCGAGAAGAGCUGGGCAGGAAGCAGUCCUACCAAGUACCAAAACGGGUUCGACGAAGACAACAAGACGUAUCUGAACGAGACUUGGGGCGGGAUUCCCGUGCGUGUGGCGUCGCGGCGGACGAGUGUUGCGGGGUGGGACUGAAGGACGAUGAUGAUC